AUGGCCUCAACCCCAGCCCCAACACCACCCUUCACCCAUCCAACAUCAGUCACUCAAUCACACGCAGAACCCACCACAAACACCCCGUCCCAAACUCAACCCCCCAACAGCAAACCCCCUCGCAUCCACGCUUGCCUACCCUGCCAACAACGCAAAGUCCGCUGCGACCGCAACUUUCCCUGCGCACACUGUAUCCGCGCCGGACCGGAGAUUGCCUCGCGCUGUGUGCCCGCGUCACAACUGCCCAAUCGCCCGCCUCGGCGCCGUCGGUUUGCAGAGCGUGAGCUGUUGGAUCGGAUAAGGCGGUAUGAGGGGUUGUUGAAGGAGAGGGGGGUGCGGUUUGAGCCGUUGCAUCCGGAGUCAACGGCGGAUUCGCCCGCGGUGAGAGGGGGGAGUGUGGGAUUGGGGGAGGAUGACGGAGGGGGGGAGUUAAGGGCGGAAGAGGGCCAGGUAGUGACGCCGGCGAACCUCUGGCAAGCUCUCAGCCAAAAGCACGAAGGCGUCGCUGAUGACGACGACGACAUAUCGGACGAACACUUGCCACGUGACAACGACGACGACAUGAGCACCAUCAUUAGGACCGCAUGGGAUCGCACCCAUAAUAACGCCCCGGACACCGCCCACCACUUCCUAUUCGGGUCGCCGGCCAGCACGGUCGCUGUGGCGGCCAUGCAUCCGGACCAGGCCCGGAUCUUCCGGCUCUGGCAGUUUUAUCUCGACAAUGUCAACCCGCUGCUGAAGGUCACGCACACGCCGACGCUGCAGGCGCGCAUUAUUGAUGCGGUGGGGAACUUGGGAAACAUCAGCGCGCCGCUGGAAGCACUGAUGUUUAGUAUCUACUGCGUCGCUGUGCUGAGUUUAACGGAUUCUCAGUGUGAGAGCCUGUUGGGGUCUCCGAAGCGGGAUCUCUUAUCCGGAUAUCAGUUUGCCUGUCGACAGGCUCUGCUCGACUGCAACGUGCUCCAGUCCAGCGACCACGACUGUCUCACAGCGCUGUUCCUCUACUUGGUCUCCAUCAAACCUACCACCGACCCCCGGGCUCUCUCGUCCCUGGUCACCGUGGCCAUCCACGGCACCCAACGCCUCGGCUACCACCGCGAGGCCAUGAAUGCAAGCCGCCCGGCUCUCGAAGGCGAGCUGCGCCGCCGACUGUGGUGGUCGCUCGUGUCCUUCGAGCAGCGUGUCUGCGAGACAUACAACCACCGCACCAACACGCUGUCUGUGGUCUGGAACUGCCACGUUCCGCUCAACCUCAACGAUUUCGAGCUUCUCCCGGGAACCACAACGGCCCCACUCACCCAUGAUCGACCCACAGAAGCGCUCUUCGUGCUCUUGCGCAGCCAGCUGGCCGACUGUCUCCGCCGGGUUCCGUUCCACCUCGGCAUCACCGACCCAUACCUGGCCACGCUCGCGCCACCACCCGACGCGGGUAACCAGGGAAGCCCCGCUAACUUCGGCGACAUGCAGCUCGCGCUGGAAAGAACACUAUCCUUAUGCGACAUUGACCACAACCCGCUGCAUUUCACCGCCGCAUGGACGGCCCGCGGGUUCCUGGCCAAGUGUCUGUUACUAGAGUACUCCACGCGCCAGCACGCCCGUCACAACAACAAGGGGGCCAAGGCUACGGCGAGUAUUGGCCCACGGGGCGAGCAUAAUAGGGGAGGAGCAACCGAAGACGAAGAACAAGACGAAAAAGAAGAAGAAGAAGACGAACAAACCGGCCUCAACCACGCCCUCACCAUGCUCCGCUGCGACACCACCCUGCUCUCCUCGCCCAUGACGUUCCCUUUCCGCUGGUAUAUCCAGUGGUAUUUCCCUUUUCUUGCAUAUAUCUACAUUGUGCAAUAUCUUAUUGUCUCGCGGCCGAGACAGCGUUCUUCUGGACAGGAACAAAACCGGGGACAGAUACGACAAUCCCCCAACAACAAAAACGACGGGGCCGACUAUGCGGCUAUUUCCAAGCGCUGCUGGGACGCGAUGAGCGAGAAUUACGAGGCGCGGGGUAAGGUUAUGGAUUUCACAGGGCGCGAAAACAGUGGCAGCGGCGGUCUUGGAGAGGACGAGAGUAAACGGUUCGAGCCGCUGUACCGGCUGUUCGCGGGGGUCAUUCUUCGGGGCUGGGACCAAAUCUCCCGGGUUGGAAGUAAUGGCCGCAACGAUGGUGGUGAUAAUGGAGGGGAGGGGGAGAAUGGCAUGGAGGUGCCGCGGAUCGUGGCGGGUAUGAGAAAGCGAUUGCGGGAGAUGCAAGCUGCUCAAGGUGGUGGCCACCCGGGAAUGGGCGGUGAGGGCGGUAUCAGUGGUGGUGGUAAUGUGGGAGUGCAGACAGGAGCGGGCAUGGGGAUGUCAGGAAUGGGAAUGGGCGGGGGAAUGGCGGGUGAUGCUGUUGGUAUCGGGGCGGAUGGUGGAGGGCAGGGUUUCAUGGGGUUGGUAAUGGACCAAGGAGGGUAUUCGAUGGAUCUGAUGAUGGGGGAUGGGCAGAUGGGGUUUGGGGAUAUGCAGCAGCCGUUUUGGCCGGGCGCGGAUUGGGUGAUGUAA